GCCGGACCUGCCGCUGCGCAGCCGACGCCAGCCCAGGGCCUGGGAGGAACGAGCGCACCCGGGCCCCCGCCGCGGGCACCAUGGGCGCUACCCACUCCGCGUCCGAGGAGGUGCGGGAGCUCCAGGGCAAGACGGGCUUCUCAUCUGACCAGAUAGAGCAGCUCCACCGGAGAUUUAAGCACCUGAGUGGAGACCAGCCCACCAUUCGCAAGGAGAACUUCAACAACAUCCCUGACCUGGAGCUCAACCCGAUCCGAUCCAAAAUCGUCCGUGCCUUCUUCGACAACAGGAACCUGCGCAAGGGGCCCAGCGGCCUGGCUGACGAGAUCAACUUCGAGGACUUUCUGAUCAUCAUGUCCUACUUCCGGCCCAUCGACACCACCAUGGAUGAGGAGCAGGUGCAGCUGUGCCGGAAAGAGAAGCUAAGAUUUCUGUUCCACAUGUAUGACUCAGACAGCGACGGCCGCAUCACCCUGGAAGAGUAUCGAAAUGUGGUCGAGGAGCUGCUCUCCGGAAACCCCCACAUCGAGAAGGAGUCUGCGCGCUCCAUCGCCGACGGGGCCAUGAUGGAGGCGGCCAGCGUCUGCGUGGGGCGGAUGGAGCCUGAUCAGGUGUACGAGGGCAUCACUUUCGAUGACUUCCUGAAGAUCUGGCAGGGGAUAGACAUCGAGACAAAGAUGCACGUCCGCUUCCUUAACAUGGAAACCAUCGCCCUGUGCCACUGACUGCCCCUCCCCCACGGAGAGCCCGGGCAGCGAGGCCCCCGGGGGCCCUUUUGCUGCAGCUCUUGUAAACAGUCAACAUCCCUCGCUCACCUCUUUUUCCCGCAGGGUAUGGUGCACGGGGCUUUGCUGUUUUUAUCUCCAAUAAAAAAGAAAAAGGGUUUGUUAAUGAACGUGGCUCCUGUCUGUUCCCCACGUCCAUGCACGUGGCCUGGCCACUUGGUGGCCCGAGGCUGGCUGACGGUGGGGAGCGAGGAGCAAGCCGCAGCAGCAAGUCUUCAGAGGCUGGUCUGCAAGGGGAUUUAUUGCCUCCUUCCUUUCUGGUUUAUUUUGGGUUAAGUAUUUGCUCUUUUCCCUGCUGAGUGCUGGGAACUUGCCCGCCUUCUCAGGCCCCGGCAGGGAAGUAAGGAGAAGCAGCCCCUCACUCCAUGGGGGCAGGGACUUGGGUGGUGGGGCUUCCUUGGUGCCGUGACCGGAUAUUCAGACCCAAGGAGGAGACAAGAGGAGCUGAGCCUGAGCCAGCCGCACAGGUGUCCUGAGGGCGGCAGUGGAGCUGGGAAACCCUCAUCAUUUAGACAGAGCUGGCGCGGGCAUCCCACCCCGGUGAGCGUGCGGUGGACCGGACUGGGCCUCCGACCCCAGCUGUGCCUGAGGAACACCAGUCUCCACGAUGCGCCUGACAGGCAGGCGGCCAUGGGCAGUGCGGCCACAUCUCUGGGGAGACGUGGGACCCGAGUUUGAAAAGCAGAAGAGAUACAGAAGAAAAGGAGACGAUAAGUCAACUAAGAACUCAGAACUUGCAAAGAAGCUCCCACAAAAUAGCCAACGGGGACAAAGCAGGCACAUGCUGGAGAUGAGAGCGAUUCAUCGCGACACAUGUCUGCUUCGGCCCCACAGUGUGUUGGACGCUCCACAUCCCGGGACUAGAGACAAACAGUGGAGCACUGAGCCAGGAGACACAGGAUAAAAAAGAUGUCUAAUGCAAGCAGAUGCCUGCCCUCAGAGGGAUUCCCAACUGUUAAGAAGGCGAGACGCCUGCCCUGGGCACAAGCCCAUGGCGAUGGAGGCUGACCCGACUGCCACGGUGCGUCCAUGGGGACGUCGGCCUGAGAAGGCUGUCCAGCGGACACUGCCAUGUUGCUUAAGGAACAAGAAGUCGUUCGUGACUGGGAGGGGCACCCAGAGGCCUUCACAAGGAAAAAGGAGAAGCAUUUAGAAGACAUCUCCUCAAAGAGGCACUGCUCUGGUUUCUGGCUGACAGAAAGAGGCAGCACGCAGCACGGGGUGCGAAGUCCACGCGAUCCACUCGAGGUCACAUUACGAGACGCACCUCUGCUUGAGACGCCUGACGGCGCGGCCCCAGCGUGCACAGCGGCGUUCCCUGGCAGAGCCGUACCCUCAGCGCGCAAGUCAAACUCCCGACGUGGGGAAACAGGGAGCACGGCAAACGGGCACAGACACGCCAAGACAACUGAUUCCAGGGACAAAAAGAAGCCAAUGGUAGACACUGUGAAUCCCUAUCCGCGCGUGUUUCAUCAACUUUGCCCGUUGAAAAGAAAAAAAUAAUUGGUCUGAAAGCUGUAAUUGUAUUAUGUUUAAUAUUCAUGGUUGGGUUUGGAGGGCUGUUCCAACACUCCCUCUCUCCAGCCCCUCUCUAAUGAAAAUCACACCACAGGAGUCAGCUCGAGCCCGCCAAUUAAAACAAAAGACACCAGAACCUUCCAAAGACUCCAACAGAGGAGAAUCCAUCUGACGGGCAGGAAAACGUGCUGGAACUGAGAGGGAGGCACGCUCUGGCUGGUCCUGUGCUAAGAGCUUUGAAUAACUUAUUACAACACUUGCAGAUGGAGCAAAUGUAACAUUUACGCCCCACUCACUCUCCCUAACAGCCAGCAGCAGCACCAGAAGCCACCACAACUUUGUAUUUGUCAAGGCGAGAAGAAAGCUCCGACACUCUCUAAUUAGGGGUCACAACUCAGAGCUUGCUUCCCACUGGUUUGGAUAAAAUAGUCCCAUAAAAUAAUAAGGCAAACUGUAUUUGAUGGCAAAGAUGAAGCCUGUUCAGACUCUGGCUCAGCAGUUUCAUUAAGAAGGACCUGACCUUCAGCUAUAUUUCUAUCCAGAAAAUAAAGGGAACAAGCAAGACGGCAUUAAAACAGUCUCUUUUUUUUUUUAAUGACCAAAUUAAUCAAGAAAACUCACUAUUUUUUUUAAAGAAAUCAAUAACAUGAUUCUGUUUUGUCUCAUCGAACCUAUAUUAAAGAGGAUUUUUAAAUACAACCUUAUAUGCCAAAAUCAGUAGCUAUAACAUACAUAUAGCACCAAUGGUGGCCUUUGGUGAAUGAUUCAUUUUUAAUAGCAACUAGAAAAACAUGUAUUUUCAGGUAGAACUGCCCAGUUUAAUCCAACUAGGCUAUGGUUAGAGCUCUAUGUAUUGUAAAGCUGUAUCUCUAAAGUUUAGAGUUCUUUGUUUAUUGCCCAUAAAGAGUAAUAAGCCCCUUGGACUGAUCACUCGACCUUUCUGGACCUGUUCCCUUAGCUGGGCCAGCAUUAGAUGGUCUUAAAGAGCUCUGCUAGACCGAACAUUCUGCAACCCUUACAAGCCAGCCCAUAACACCACCUGUGGACAAAAAUGAUGAUGUAUGUAACACCAAAAUAACAAGGCACGCUGGAAACAUAGAAACAUUUAGCUUACUUUAAUAAAUCCUUUUAAAUUUUAAUCAGAUGAGUAUACCUAGAAUAACCUAUUUUAUGGUCAACUGAUUUUCAACAGUGGUGCCGAGACAAUUCAAUGGGGAAAGAAUAGUCUUUUCAACAGAUGAUGCUAGGACAAUGGAAAUCCACAUGCAAAAAAGAAUGAGGUUGGACUCCCACCUCACACCAUAUACAAAAAUUAACUCCAAAUACAUCAUAGACCUCAGUGUAGGAGCCAAAAUCAUAAAAAUUCUUUUAAGUAAACAUAGGAGUAAAUCUUUGUGACUUUGGGCUAGGAAAUGGCUUCUUCAAUAUGAUACCAAUAGCACAAACGACAAAGAAAAAAUGGAUAAAUGGAAUUUCAUGAAAAUUAAAAACUUCUGUGCUUCAAAGGACAUUAUCAAAAUUGUGGGGGGCUUCCCUGGUGGCGCAGUGGUUAAGAAUCCGCCUGCCAAUGCAGGGGACAUGGGUUUGAGCCCUGGUCUGGGAAGAUCCCACAUGCCGCGGGGCAGCUGAGCCUGUGUGCCACAACUACUGAGCCUGCGUGCCACAAAUACUGAGCCUUCAUGCCGCAACUACUGAAGCCCACGCACCUGGAGCCCGUGCUCCGCAACGAGAGGUCACUGCAGUGAGAGGCCCACGCACCGCAAUGAAGAGUAGCCCCCGCUCACCACAACUAGAGAAUGCCCGCACACAGCAAUGAAGACCCAACGCAGCCAAAAAUAAAUAAAUAAAAAAUAAAUAAUUUAAAAAAAAAAAGUGUGAAAAGACAACCCACAGAACAGGGAGAAAUAUUUACAAAUCAUGUCUGACAAAAGGUUGGUAUCCAGACUAUAUAAAGAACUCUUCUUGCAACUCAAUAAAUAAAAAGACAACCUAAUUAAAAAAUGGGCCAAGGAUUUGAAUAGACAUUUAUCCAAAGAGGCCAAAAAGCACAUGAAAGGAUGUUCAACAUCAUACCUUUAGGACAGCUAUAAUCAGAGACCAUAGCAAGCAAGUACAGCAGGCGCUGGAAUGAACAGGGAGGGUGGACGGUGUGCAGGAGCCUCGGCCGGCUGCCAGCUGCAACAAGCCCCCUCUUCACCAGCUGGUGCACGGCCACCAACUGUCCUGGUCCGCCAUUUGUGGGACUCGCCUCUCUAAGGAGACCCACCUUACAGUCAUGUCCUAGCAGGUGGUGGUGUAACAGUAGGGGCAGCAGUGUAGAGUCAGGAUGGAGGUGGUGGCCACACGCCUGACAUCUGGGAAACAUUGGCAACGACCUGGUGCAGGCAGGCCCUGCCCCUUCCAGGUGUGACUCGGACCAUUUAGUGUGCCUAGGACUGGCUUUCCAACCAAACCAUGAGGAAAGGGAUAAGAAAUGGCUACUACUGGGAUUAACCAAGAUGGCGGAGUAGAAGGACGUGCUGUCACUCCCUCUUGCGAGAGCACCAGAAUCACAACUGGCUGCUGGACAGUCAUUGACAGGAAGACCUUGGACUUCACCAAGGAGGAUACCCCACGUCCAAGGACAGAGGAGAAGCCACAGUGAGAUGGUAGGAGGGGCGCAAUCAGAGUAAAAUCAAAUCCCAUAACUGCUGGGUGGGUGACUCACAGACUGGCGAACACUUAUACCACAGAAAUCCACCCACUGGAGUGAAGGUUCUGAGCCCCACGUCAGGCUUCCCAACCUGGGGGUCCGGCUACGGGAGGAGGAAUUCCUAGAGAAUCAGACUUUGAAGCCUAGUGGGAAUUGAUUGCAGGACUUCAACAGGACUGGGGGAAACAGAGACCCCACUCUUGGAGGGCACACACAAAGUAAUGUGUGCAUCGGGACCCAGGGGAAGGAGCAGUGACCCUGGGGGAGACUGAACCAGACCUACCUGCUGGUGUUGGGGGGGUCUCCUGCAGAGGCGGGUGGUGGCUGUGUUUCACCGUGGGGAUAAGGACACUGGCAGCAGAGGUUCUGGGAAGUUCUUCUUGGCGUGAGCCCUCCCAGAGUCUGCCAUUAACCCCACCAAAGAGCACGGGUAGGCUCCAGUGUUGGGUUGCCUCAGGCAAAACAACCAACAGGGAGGGAACCCAGCCCCACCCAUCAACAGUCAAGUGGAUUAAGGUUUUACUGAGCUCUGACCGCCACAGCAACAGGGAGGGAACCCAGCCCCACCCAUCAACAGUCAAGUGGAUUAAGGUUUUACUGAGCUCUGACCGCCACAGCAACAGUCAGCUCUACCCACCACCAGAGCCUCCCAUCAAGCCUCUUAGAUAGCCUCAGCCACCAGAGGGCAGACAGCAGAAGCAAGAAAAACUACAAUCCUGCAGCCUGUGGACCAAAAACCACAGUUACAGAAAGA